AUAGUCAAUCUCCCCGUCGCCUCGUCUUCGACUCCCCGUGUCCGAGCGAGUCCGCCCGCCGCCCGAGCUUAUCUCCAUCCUACGAGCAGCGGCGCCGGCUCCGGCGUCGGCGUCCCCCUGCUCCUUCCGCCGCCUCCUCGCUCUCGCCGUUUGUUCCCCGUCAAAUUGGGGUUGAAAUGAUCAUCCAUACCCCAUCUCAGGCCCGUCCCUGGGGAAUGCCCAGCUGAAUUCAAUGGCUCAAGUUACUGCGACCGCGAAUGCUCGGGUGCUCGGUUUUCCUGCCGCCAGCCGCCAUGGUGGCCCUGUAGGAUCGCGUGCUGGGCCGGCGUUUCUGAAUCUGCGUGCUCCCGCACUUCGUCAUGACAGUAAAAAGCAUCCUUUGAGAGUUGGUGCUGCCUCUUCAUUAUUCACAAAGUAUGAUCCUAUCAAAGGCAUCAAACCAUUGCUGUCAAUUGACAAGUUACGUCCUAGAACUCAAGUUGGCUGUCGAGCAUCUUUAUCAUCAUUCAGCUUCCCUGAGUUGGAGACCAAACCUAGAUGGUGGUGGAGGACCUUAGCGUGUGUCCCCUAUCUUCUGCCGCUGCACAACAUGUGGUCCUUUGCAGAUGCUGUGUACCAGCUUCAUCCAUACUUGCAGCAGUUUGGGUUGUUCUAUGCAUUCAUCGACACAAUGGCGUUAGUCCCAGGAUGGCUCUUUCUGAUGAUCUUCAUGACCGUCUACUUCUUUGUGGUCAGGCGGAAGUGGUUGCCACACUUCUUGCGGUAUCACGUCAUAUUGGCUAUUCUCCUUGAUACUGGUUCUCAAGCUCUGGCGACCAUGUGCAACUGGAAUCCAAGCAUUGUUUAUCAGGGUAAACCAAUGGUGUUUUUCUGGAUGACGAUUGCCUUCAUUCAGAUAUCCACAGUUCUUGAGUGCAUGAGGUGUGCUCUGGCAGGCAUGUAUCCCAGCGUUCCGUUUGUAUCUCAAACGGCUUUCAUCCACUCUGAUAUGAGUAUGUUCAGGUAGUUGGUUAGUGCAAUAUGCAUCUUUGAAUAUAAGAAGCAUUAAGGGAUUUUUAUACGAGAGAUUUGAAAACUGCUGAGACAGUAAAAUGUUGGGAAUUAUGAGAUACAAGAGGUGGGGAUGCAAGGGGAUGAAAUCAGAGGCAAUGCUUAUUUGCAGUGUUGGCACUUCUAAUAUUUGUGGCCUGGAGAGUUACUUGAUAUAUUGUUUAGGUUGUGUUUUGUUUGAUUUUGAAUAGGAUGACCAUUUUGAAGACUGUGAGUUCAGUUUUAUAGCCCUGGAAUUUUCUUUUUUUAUUUUUAUCCUUGGAGGCGCCCUUGAAAUUCUCUUAAACCUCUUCAAUGUUGCUGUGUUGUGUUGUUGACAUAUUGACCUGUUAAUAACGUGGUAUGAGGUUUGAUGUCUGCAA